GAACCAAAACAGUAACAGUCGGAUUGUGAAAUUGGCCGUUAUUCUCUUUGUCUAAAUACCGUUUAUACAUUGAGCAAACCUUACUUUUUUCUUUCACAACUCUUCGUCCAAUAUGCUUCCUCUCUCGGAGUCUCAUGUCUAAAUUGACGCCAGUUACUUCAAUAAUAAAGAGUUUGAGAAUAUAGAUCAAGCCUUCAAAUAUCUCGCAAUCAAACUGACUUCUCGAACUUCUAACAAAUUUGACGCGUUUGACUCUUAUCUCCCAUCUACUACGAAAUGACAUCCCGUUCCUCUCCCGCCCCCAAUUCUAAAUCCGAUACUCAAUGGCUCCACGAUCUUGGCUACCCCGCCGGUCUCCACUCCUUCAAACUCGACUACGGCUUCUCAACCGACGACGCUCAAGACCAUCUCGAUGCUCUAACUCUCUUCCGCCAAUUCCGCUCCGAACAGCAAGGGCUUUGGGAAAAGAGACAUCCCUCAUAUUCAUAUUCACAUUCAUAUUCAAAUCCUGCAAAAACAGAAACAGAAACUGAAACUGAAACUAAUGCAGAAUCGAAAUCGAAAUUAAAACUCGUCAUCAGAGAUUCACACACACAUGCGAGAACAAGAACAAGCACGUCUAUUUUUUCACUCAGCGAAUCCGAAUAUCCCGACAAAGGAGAAGGAGAAGGAGAAGGAGAAGGAGAAGGAGAAGGAGAAGAAGAAGAAGAAGAAGAAGAAGAAGAAGAAGAAGAAGAAGAAACGCAUAAAGAUAUAUGAGUAGAAAAAUAAAUAAUGGGGUUCAGAAAUAAUGAUCGACGCGCAGGACAGAGGGGAUUAUCUGGAUACAUAUCAACUAUCUAUAUCUAUCUAUACAUGCAUGUAUGUAUGUAUGUAUGUAUAAUAAUGAUGAUGAUAAUGCUAUUUGAUAUAACAUUCACUCAUCUAUAUAUCUACAUCUACAUCUACAUCUAUCUAUCUAUCAGCAGAAACAAUAAAAGAAAACCA